AUGGGAAAUCGCGACACGAAGCCCCAGGGUGGCGGCUCAAGCUCACCAGAGCGAGAGCAGGAAGCGCAGGGCAAAGGAAACUCCAUCUUGUCCAAGCUGCGAAGAAGAAGCACCGCUGCUGAACUAUACGGCGAAGCGGGCCCUGGUCCUAGCGACGUAGGCCAGCGGCUUCGCGCUUUGAAGCUACCUCGAAAGUCUGUAGGACUGCGGUUUUCAGAGGCCAAUAUCCGGCGGUAUUAUGAACUCAAUCUACGGCUUCUCGGGCGAGGCACCUUCGGGAUCGUAUUGACGGGGCGGCACCGGGCCUUGGGAACAGACUUUGCAGUAAAGGUCGUACAGAAGACCAAGUACAAGAGCGUGGACACCAAAGCUAUGUUUUACCGGGAGGUCGACUGCCUUCGCACACUGAAUCAUCGACAUAUCGUUCGAUACUACGACUUUUUCGAAGACGCAAACUACUGCUAUGCGAUUCUCGAACUAUGCAGAGGCGGCGACUUUCUGGCGAGACUGAAGAACAUGUCUGUUGUGACUGAAGCCCACGCCGUGAAAUAUGUGAAGCAGAUGCUAUCAGCUAUUCAACACUGCCACGAGAAGGGGAUCAUGCAUAGAGACCUAAAGGCAGAUAACUUCUUGUUUCUGGCGGACGACGACAAAUCGCCGUUAAUCCUGAUCGACUUCGGGCUAGCUUCACGCUUUGUACUGGGAACCAGACAGAACGUCAUCUGCGGCAGUCCGCGUUAUAUCGCUCCGGAAGUCUACCAGCACGAUUAUGACGAACGGUGCGACCUCUGGAGCUUAGGAGUCAUUGUGUAUGCCAUGCUCUAUGGCACGCAUCCCUUCGGCGUUGAUGCGCGGUCAACAUUUCACGACAUUCGGGCACAGGCAUUCGUCCAAGGUCUGCUGCAACACGAUCCAGAAAAGAGGCUGUCUGUCGCUCAAGCGAUGAGACACCCGUGGCUUCUCGCUCCCAGGGCUGAGCUUGAGGCUUACGAAAUCCAUCCAGAAAUACGUUUCCUCGCUCACAAAACGGCUGCGGAGGGCAGGCUGCCUCCAACGGACGAUGGCGUCCGCAAGCAGCUGGAAGAGCUGACGCACUUGCAGACGGUUACAUCAGAGAGGGUAAGAGAGAGUCAGGACGGCAUUGAUCUUGAAGGCAAAAGCUACUUCGCUACUCGUCACCUCCGCUAA